UAAUCUGUUAAAGGAAAGGAGCGGGGUCAAACUUUGGAGGUGACCAAGUGCAGAUUUGAGAGCAGGUUUCAGCUCUGCUCAUGUAGCAGAAAGGGGGAGAUAUUUUUAUUUAUUUAUUUACAUGUAUUUAUUUAUUUUGUCAAGCAUGUAUUAGAUAACAUAAACAUGGUUAUUAAUACAUGACAUGGAUAUGAAUGAAAGGGGACAUUAGGACAGGGACGCAUGUCCCAUAAAGGCCUCUUAGGAAUGGUGUGAAAUCAAUAGAUACUUUUGGUUGAACUCCAAUGUGGAGUUGGGCUGCAGUUUGGGGUCUUCGGGUGUGGGUGCAAAAGGCCAGGUGGCUGGUGGGCGAUGCAGCUGCAACGGGUGCCCCUCUUACUCCUGGGAGCCAUGCUGGGGAGCUUCAUGCCAGGGGACUGUUACGAGCCAGGCGGCUUCGAGCAAGAGCUGCAAAGAGAGUACCCCCCCCCGGGCGGUUCUCAGUCACACUCCUGUGCUACUUCUACCUGCAACUGCCAGAGCCCAGCCAGGGGCAGCCUCAGUCUUUCGUUACAGGCUACUUAGAUGACCAGCCCAUCGCUCGCUUUAACAGCCUCACCAGGAAGACGGAGCCUCUGGUGCCCUGGAUGGAGGAGGAGGAGAAGGAGAGAUUUCUGGCCCUUGAGUGGGUCUUUAGGGCUGACCUGGAGAAGUUAUCAAAACUGGACCACCGUGCUGGAGGGCCUCACACCUGGCAGGUGACCUGGGGCUGUGAGCUCAAGGAAGACGGGCGCAAAGGCGGAUUUUUGCACUAUGGCUACAACGGGUGGGAUUUCAUUAGCUUCGACAAGGAGACCCUCAGAUGGGUGGCAGCUCAGCCCCAGGCCGAGAAGGUGAAGGAGAAGUGGGAAGAGGAUCCAAAGUGGUCUGAGAGUAAUAAAAGCUUCCUGGAGGAGACCUGCAUUGAGUGGCUGCAGAGAUACCAGUCCUACAGGAAGGAGGCUCUGGAGAAGACAGAGCCUCCAGUGGCGAAGGUGAGUUAUAAGUUGGUGGAUGACAGCCUGGAGGUCCUCAUCUGCCAGGUCUUUGGCUUCUACCCCAAGGAGAUCCAGGCCACCUGGACCAGGGACGGAGAGGUCUGUGAAUACGAGACUCUCCCUAGGAAUGUGGCCCCCAACUCAGACGGGACCUAUUAUGUCUGGCUCAGCAUUGAGAUCGACCCCAAGGAGAGGGACUGUUUUCAGUGUCACCUGGAGCACAAGGGCUUGCAGGAGCCCCUGGUCUUAGCCUUGAAGGAGGAAACAGGGUGGCAGGUUCCUGUGGGAAUUGGGGCUAUCAUAAUCUCAGGAGCUGCAGUUCUCUUCCUGAUAUGCUGGUGGUGGAGAUGCUGGAAAAAUCUCCAUCAAGAGAAAGAAACCUACUCCGGCAACAUCCCUCCAGAAAUGGUUCCUUCUCCUUCAAGUACAGAAGAUGAGAUUCAAACCAAGCGAGACUCCAGCAGGUGGCUGUUGUAGACUGCAAAACCCAUCAAAAGGUAAAGAUCCUGUUUUCAGAGGAAACCGAAGAACGGAUCAAGCAAUAACGUGGAUAGCGCUAAUGGAUUUAGAAGAGGCCUCCUUCAAGCGGUUGUGCUGGUUUCCAUACAUGGAACUAUUGCUGGAAGUCCAUUUUGAUAUCCAAAAUCUGGAUAUCUGGAGAACUUUUAAACCAUAAUGCCUGGAUAAGGAUCCACCAUUAGUGUCAGUGUUAAAAUUGAGCUGGUUGUCUAGCCAAGGUAUGUCAAAUACACUUUAGGUCUGAAAAUAGCCCUCAACUGCUUUUUAAUCUUUUCAAGGCAAUUUGCUUCUCCCACACCUUGGAUGAAGAGUGAAAGAAAGUCUGUGUGAAUAUGGGACCUUAUAUUUUAUUGUGCGGUAGGCAGUCCAAUAGGCAGACAUUGUAAGAUCCGUUACAUCAAGGACCUGUAUACAGGUCAGAAAUAGAGCUGAGGAAAUAUCUACCUACCCUUCAUAUCCUGGACAUGAACUGUUUCAACUCCUCCCCUCAGGAUUUAUUUAUUUAGCCAAGCAUGUAUUAGAUAACAGAUAUAAGUGUAAAUAUGAUUAUUAAUACAUGAAAUGGAUAAGAAUAAAAGGGGACAUUAGGACAGGGAUGGUAGGCACCUUGAUGCACUUAUGCAUGCCCCUCACAGACCUCUUUUUUUUUUAAAUUACAUUUAUAUCCCGCCCUUCUCCGAAGACUCAGGGCGGCUUACAGUGUGUAAGGCAAUAGUCUCAUUCUAUUUGUAUAUUUACAAAGUCAACUUAUUGUCCCCCCCCCCAACAAUCUGGGUCCUCAUCAACAAUCGGGGUCCUCAUUUUACCUACCUUAAAGAGGAUGGAAGGCUGAGUCAACCUUGGGCCUGGUGGGACUAGAACCUGCAGUAAUUACAGCCUGAGCCACCACAACCCUUGUAGGAAUGGGGUGAGGUCAACAGUAGACAGUCUAAGGUUAAAGGUUUGGGGUUUGGAGAAGAAAUCACAGAGUUGGGUAGUGUAUUCCAAGCAUUGACCCUUUGUUGCUGAAGUCCUAUUUCCUGCAGUGGAGUUUGGUGUGGUUUCGUGUAUUGUAGUUGAAGCUGAAGUAGUCAUAGGUAGGACGUUGUAGCAGAUAAUUUUGUGUACUACGCUUAGGUCAGACCAAAGCCGGCAUAGUUCUAAGUUCUCUAAGCCCAAAAGCCUGGUGGGAUAGGGUAUUCUGUUGCAAGCAGAGGAGUGGAGGACUCUUCUCGUGAAAUAUCUCUGGACUCUCUCAAUUGUAUUAAUGUCCGAUAUGCAGUGUGGGUUCCAGACAGAUGAGCUGUAUUUGAGAAUUGGUCUAGCAAAUGUUUUGUAUGCUCUAGUUAGCAGUACAAUAUUACCGGAGAAGAAGCUAUGCAAGAUUAGGUUAGCAACUCUUAAUGCCUUUUUGGCAAUGUUGUUACAGUGGAUUUUGGCACUUAGGUCAUUAGAGAUCAUUAGGAUGCUGCUAUAGGGCAUUGCAUGCCAAGAGAAACACACAGAGACGUGGUUUCUGCCUUUGUGCCAUCACACUGCUGAAGAUUGAAUUCCCACAGAGCUGUCUUAUGUCUGUGGAUAUUUAUCCAUGCAGUAGGGCUGUAUUACUAUUACCCUUCUCAUCUUUUCUGCUACCUCCUUUUAUCGAUAUCAGUAUUAUUAUAUUUAUUUUUAUUUAUUUAUUUUAUUUAUUUAUUUUUCAUAUUUUUAUACCGCCCUAUCUCCCUAGGGACUCAGGGCGGUUUACAAGCAGAUAAAAAAUACAUAUAAAUACACAAUAAAACAUACAAUUAAAAAACUUAUUCUAAAUAGCCAAUUAGUUAAAAUAUCAAAGUACAUAAUAAAACCCGUUAAAACCCGUUAAAAUUUAAAAAUCUAAAAUCUAGUCCAGUCCUGCGCAGAUGAAUAGAUGAGUUUUAAGCUCGCGGCGGAAGGUUCGGAGGUCCGGAAGUUGACGAAGUCCUGGGGGGAGCUCGUUCCACAGGGUGGGAGCCCCCACAGAAAAGGCCCUUCCCCUGGGUGUCGCCAGACGGCAUUGCCUAGCCGACGGCACCCUGAGGAGUCCCUCUCUGUGAGAGCGCACGGGUCGGUGAGAGGUAUUCGGUAGCAGCAGACGGUCCCGUAAAUAGCCCGGCCCUAUGCCAUGGAGCGCUUUGAAGAUCAUUACCAAAACCUUGAAGCGCACCCGGAAGGCCACAGGUAGCCAGUGCAGUUUGCGCAGGAGAGGUGUCACAUGGGAGCCACGAGGGGCUCCCUCUAUCACCUGCGCAGCCGCAUUCUGAACUAACUGAAGCCUCCGGAUGCCCCUCAAGGGGAGCCCCAUGUAGAGAGCAUUGCAAUAGUCCAGCCGAGAUGUCACAAGAGCGUGAGUGACCGUGCAUAGGGCAUCCCGGUCUAGAAAGGGGCGCAACUGGCGAGCCAGGUGAACCUGGUAAAAGGCUCUCCUGGAGAUGGCCGUCAAAUGGUCUUCAAAAGACAGCCGUUCAUAUUACUUUGUUGUAUGUACAGAGAGUUUUUGCACAGAGACAAAUUCCUUGUGUGUCCAUUCACACUGGGCCAAAAAAAGUAUUCUUUUUUCUUAAAUUUAAAUGGGUUUAUGAGGAGAAAUUUCUUAGAUUUUAUUUGCCCCUCCAUGUGGCACCGAAUUUUAAAAAGGAAGAAAUAUAGGGCAUUGUUUGGUAGAGCCUUGAUGGACUGAUAUGGGCUAUCUGAAUUUUUUUCCAACUUCUUUUGGCUGUAUAAGAAGUCCAAGCAUUGAGUAAAUGUCUGUGCCAAUAGAGGGGGGAGGGGGGAUGUUCCUUCCCAGCUUUACAAGUUUUGGUUUGGGGAAGUUAUAGAAAAAAUAAAUAUAUUAUUAUUAUUAUUUUGAUAGUUAAAUUGUAUAAUGUUUUUAUUUAAACAGGAAAAUGAGGUUGGGGGUGAGCACCAUGUCUACCUUUGUUAAAGUAUAGGUAGUCCUUGACUUUUGACCAUCACUGAGCCCAAAAUUUAUGUUGCUAAGCGAGGCAGUUUUUAAGUGAGUUCGGCCCCAUUUUAUGGCCUUUUUUGCCACAAUUGUUAAGUGAAUCCCUGCAGUUGUUAAGUUAGUAACAUGGUUGUUAAGUAAAUCUGCCUUCCCCGUUGAUUUUGCUUGUCAGAAGGUCAAUAGGGGUUGAUCAUAUGACUGUGGGACUUUUAUAGAUCAUUACAGCCACAAGGACAUUUAAUAUGAGUAUGCCUUUUGGACAUAAGGUAAAAGUAAAGGUUCCCCUCGCACAUACGUGCUAGUCGCUCCUGACUCUAGGGGGCGGUGCUCAUCUCCAUUUCAAAGCCGAAGAGCCAGCGCUGUCCGAAGACGUCUCCGUGGUCAUAUGGCUGGCAUGACUCAACGCCAAAGGCGCACGGAACGCUGUUACCUUCCCACCAAAGGUGGUCCCUAUAUUUCUAUUUGCAUUUUUUACGUGCUUUCGAACUGCUAGGUUGGCAGAAGCUGGGACAAGUAACGGGAGCUCACCCCAUUACACGGCAGCACUAGGGAUUUGAACCGCUGAGCUGCCGACCUUUCGAUUGACAAGCUCAACGUCCUAGCCCCUGAGCCAUCGCGUCCCACUUGUGACUGUAAUGAUGUGUAAAAGCAAUGUUCCAUAGUCAUAUGAUCAAACUCUGUGUCCUUCUGACAAGCAAAAUCAAUGUGGAAGCCAGAUUCACUUAACAACCAUGAUACUAACCUAAUGUUAAGAUAUUUAAAUUUAGUAAUUCCUAAUUCCUAAUUAAAAUUCUUAAUUAAUUUUAAAUUAGUAAAUUCCUAAGAGGUCUGUAAGGGGCGUGCAUAAGAGCACAAACGUGCCUACCGUUCCUGUCCUAUUGUUUCCUUUCAUUAUAUCCAAUUAAUAUAGUUAUUGCAUUCUUAUGCUUAUAUAUAUAUAUGCUCAUAUAUUAUAUAGUUACUUUCAUGCUUAUGCUUAUAUAUACUGUUGUGACAAAAUAAAUAAAUAAACAAACAAACAAACAAAAUAGUAGCUGGAGCAGUGGGGUUGUGCAGUGAGCCAGAACCCACAGACAUAGUUGAUUGAUUGGAGAGUGACGUCUCCUACAUGAGGCAA